AUGGGUACCCUUGCCCUCAGCUCAAUGUCAUCCUCACGGGUUUUCAUGGACUAUGAUGUCCAACCAACCAUUGAUUACUUCAACUGGAUGGGUUCUAAACCAGAGAUUCAGGAGCUGGUUAAUGCGGAGGUGGUAACUAAGGCUGAGACAAUGACUAUUGCAGAAAUAUAUGCCUACAUAAAGCAGGAAUCUGCGAAGUGCAUAGCCACGAUUGAUGAUGUUGUACGUGACUCUGCUUGGUAUUAUAUUGCCUGCAGUGGCUGCCAUACUAAGGCCAUCAAAGGUCCUACUUCUUUGAUGUGUCCUAAAUGUGGCAACGAUAACGUAGCCGGUGUUCCACAGUACCGUGCGAAGAUCUCCGUGUACGACAAUAACGAGCAGGCUGUUUUCGUCCUACUUGGUGAGGCUGGUCGUGAGUUGUCUGGGAAACAUGCAGCAGAAGUAGUUGACAGCUACUUUGAGGCUAAUCAAAACCUUGGAGCUGACCAUCAGAUACCUGUCCCUGAAGCUUUAAUCAACACUAUUGGUCAAACACAUAAAUUCAGUGUCAAGGUAUCGGACCACAACUUAACAGGGAAGACACAGACUAUAAAUGUCACAAAGAUUCUCUCUCCAGCAGUUCUGCCAGCUGGAACAGCUUCAGUCGAAAACCAUGUUGCUCUAACAUCCGAAGCAGCUGGAGAUCAUGCAAGCGAGGGGAAUAAAAGUACCUGUCACAGUGAAGAACCAAAGAAAGCAAAGUGUCCAAAACAAGACAAUUAG